AUGAAACUUGAUGUAUUGGGCAUUUUGGAAACGAAACUGGCACUCAGUAAAUUGGAGGAACUGAUGGUGAAAAAAUUUUCCAAUUGGAAUCAAAUAAAUAAUUUUGAAGACCACACUCCUGGAAGGAUUAUAGUUCUGUGGAAUCCUCAGAGGGUCAAACUUGAGUUGAUAAGCAAAAAUCCACAAGCCAUUCACUGCUCUCUCAGCUGUAUCGUGUCUUCAAAAUCUUUCUAUGUAAGUUUUGUGUAUGGUUUACACACCAUAGUUGCACGAAGGCCCCUAUGGCAAUCUAUUCGUGACUUCUCAAUGACUAAUACUGGCCCAUGGAUGUUACUUGGGAAAUUUAACAAUGUAUUAUACUCGAAUGAGAGGAGAAAUGGGAGUGAAGUUACUGCCUAUGACACGAAAGACAUUAAAGAAUGUUUUAAUGAAUGUGGGCUCAGUGACCUUAGCUCUUCUGGUAGCUUCUUUACCUGGUCUAAUGGCAGAUCCUGGAGUAAGCUGGACAGGGCUAUAGCAAACAGAGAUUGGUUUAUGGCUGGUUUGGGUGCCCAUGCAUUCUUUCAGUUACCUGGCAUUUACUCAGACCAUGCUUCCUGUACCAUUACUCUGCUGGAGGAUGAUGAUUUGGGAAGAAGAACUUUCAAAUAUUUCAAUAUGUGGGGUCAGCACUGUAAUUUUCAGGAUGUUGUUAGGAAGGUGUGGAGUAGGGAUGUGGCUGGGUGUCGAUUGUUUAGGCUUGCUACGAAAUUGAAAGCUCUUAAGGGCCCUCUGAAAGAGCUUAACCAACUCCACUUCUCUCAUAUUUCGAGUAGGGCUGAAAAAGCUGCUUGUGAUCUUUUGUCUGCCCAACAAGGUCUCCACGAUGACCCUGGAAACUCUGAUUUGCAAAUGGAAGUAAUAAAAUUGAAGGAAAUUGCUGGUAGGCUUGAUCAAGCUAACAGAAGUUUUAUUUCUCAGCAAGUUAAAACCAGAUUCUUGAAUAACAGUGAUAGGAAUUCCAAGUUCUUUUACGCCCUUCUGAAAAGGAAUACAACAAGGAAUCACAUUCUAAAUUGA